UCUAAGACCUUACAACUACUGCCAAGUUCACGAAUCUCUUCUUACAGCAAUCCAAGGUCAUCCUCUAGCCUCUUGCUUGAAUUUGAAUCCUUUUGGUGUAACUGCAGAAUCUCCAGGAUGGCCAUACAGUUCCGUGCAAUCUUCCCCUUAGCCUUGCCUGGAGUGUUGGCACUCAUCGGCUGGUGGUGGUUUUACUCUCGGAAAAAAGAGCAUGUCAGCAGUCAUGACCGGCAGACAGGGGCCACAGCUAAAGAUCUAAGGACAGACACCCCAAUUGAGGAAUCCCUCUUGAGGGAAAAAGUCUGCUACACCAGGGUAAUGCCUUUGCCAUCAGAUGGUUCACGGCAUCCAGAAAAAGAGAUGGUAACUAUGGGUAAAUCGCCAAUGGAACUUGUAAGGAAAACAUCACAGCCACAUCUGCCUCCAAGAAAAUUAGAUUCUUCUGGCACCUUCUCUGGCACCACUGAUGCAAAGCUCCGACUGAACUCACGCAAGGAAGAUGGUGGAAAAUUGGAAAAAGCAGUAUCUCAAGAGGAAACAAGGUCUCUUCCUAAAGAAUCAUCACUUCCACCCCUGAAGGAUGCUUUGUUUCCCCAUGAAGCAUUAGAACUACAGAAACUAGACUCUCCAUUUGGUCGAAUACCUGGAAAAGGCUGGCCAGGCCAUUUGGAGGUCCCUUCUGAGCAACAUGGCUCCUUGGAGAAGGCAAAGGAGGCAAGUGGAAUAGAAGGAACAGGUGAUGCAGCCAUGGGAGAGAGUGUGUCUGAAGAAGGUGGCUUAUCUUAUAAUCUUGGUGCUGAAUCCAAGAUUAGAGUUCCCAAGCAGGAUACUAUGAUGGAAGAAGAAAAAGGGAAAGAGAAUAGAUCUCGAGGAGUGAGGGCAGUGCAGAAGGAAGAGUGCCUGGGGAAAGUAUUGAAUAGCUUCAUAGAGUCAGCUCAAGCAGAAUUGUCACAAGAAGAACAGGCAGUGGCUCAUCAAGUCAGAAGCAACAGGUCUGGAGAAAAUUACAUUGAUGGAGGCCACCUCACAAGGGAACUGAAGAAAGGAAGUUCUCUAGAAAUGAGAGAAGAUUUUGAGCAGGCAGCCAUGCAAAUCAUUUCCAAAGUGAUCUUAGCAGCAAAGGAAGAAUUACUAGGGAAAACAGUGGGUGACCUUAAGCAACACAACUGUCAACCCUCAGUAAGUUGGAUUGAAGGCCCAGUGGAGGAACAGAGCUUUGUCCUAGACAUGCAGAAACCUGUGUUGGGACAGAAUGCUUCAGAUCCCAGCAGGGCUGUGGUUGACACACCAAUGGCAUCAGGAAAGACAGUAGAGCUGGAAGUAGUCGGCCUCCCACCUGGCCCUGAGGUAGAGGAUCUUGGUCACAAGCAGAAGACCUACGUGAGUUGUCUGAAGAACAGCCUCCUGUCCAGUGUGGCCCUUGAUGACAAGCCAAAGAAUUCUGCCCAGCGUAUCUCCCUGGCAGCGGGUUCCCCCCAAGCCGUCCAGUACAGUGAGUCAUUUGAGGAGGCCAACAUCAGGGUAGAGGAUACCAGCUGUGUCUCCUGCAUGUCAGAGGACAGCCAGAGGGCUCAGUCAGUAUCCUCUAAUUGUUCAGAUUCUGCAGGCACUUCUGGGCUAGAAGAUUCUUCCUCGGAGCUCAAUCUAAGCCUCAGCAACAAGCCACUUACCUCUCCACUGCUGGAAAGGACUGUGUCCUAUAGCAAUGGAGUGUUGAAAGGGGAGUCCUCUGAUUUGGGGACAGAGGAUAGAUGGACCACAGAGACAGAAGCUGACCAGUCUGGAGGUUCAGAUGUAAACAGCAUGGAUUCUGUGGACAGUGGAUGUGGCCUUAGGAAGACGGAAAGUCACCCGAGUCCCCAGCCAGGCACUGAGACCAACAAGGUUGAACUCACAAUCUGGGAGAUAGAAGUGCCAAAGCACUUGGUUGGCCGGCUAAUUGGCAAACAGGGACGAUAUGUGAGUUUCCUGAAACAAACAUCUGGUGCCAAGAUCUAUAUUUCAACACUACCUUACACUCAGAACUUCCAGAUCUGCCAUAUAGAAGGGUCUCAGCAUCAUGUAGACAAAGCACUUAGUUUAAUUGGUAAGAAGUUCAAGGAGUUGAACCUGACCAAUAUUUAUGCUCCCCCGCUUCCUUCGCUGACUCUGCCUUCUCUUCCAAUGACCUCCUGGCUCAUGCUUCCUGAUGGUGUCACCGUGGAAGUGAUUGUGGUUAACCAGGUGAAUGCUGGACACAUGUUUGUGCAGCAGCAUACACAUCCCACCUUCCACGCACUCCGCAGUUUGGACCAGCAGAUGUACCUCUGUUAUUCUCAGCCAGGGAUUCCAACCUUACCUACACCAGUAGAAGCCGUAAUCUGUGCUGCCCCUGGGGUGGAUGGGGCCUGGUGGCGUGCCCAAGUUGUUGCCUACUACAAAGAAAGUGAUGAAGUUGAGAUUCGUUAUGUGGACUACGGUGGAUACAAGAGAGUGAAAACUGAAAUUCUUCGACAAAUCAGGUCUGAUUUUGUCACAUUGCCAUUCCAAGGAGCAGAAGUCUUACUGGAUAAUGUGGCACCUCUGUCAGAUGAAGAUCAUUUUUCACCAGAAGCUGAUGCAGCUGUAAAUGAAAUGACCAGAGGUACACCACUGCUUGCUCAGGUUACUAAUUACAAUUCCACUGGUCUGCCUCUCAUACAGCUGUGGAGUAUGAUUGGGGAUGAGGCGGUGUCCAUAAACCGAACACUGGUGGAAAGAGGACUUGCUCAAUGGAUAGACAGCUACUACACAAGCCUUUGAUAACCCCCCCCAGGCAACCACCUCCUGAAUCCUUUUUUGCACUGUAUUAGAAUUGGGCUUGGCACUCGUGGGAAAGACUUGUUUCACAUCAGAAUACAAAAUGUUGUCCUACCCCAGUAAUAGUCAUUUUUUGGGCCAUAUUAUGAUCACUUUAAGAAAACAUAACCUCAUUUCUAUGAAAAGCAGGAAUAUUUUUUAAAACCACAAGGCCAUAUCAUUACAACUCCUUAACGUGGUUUCAAAUUUUUUUAAAAAAUUAAACAUCCCACAAACUAAGGAAGGUUCUAAAUAAAAUCAAGAUACUUUCUUCUUCCUUCCUUCCCUUCCCAUCCCUUCCUCCCAAAAGUGGUGACUAUUCCUGUUUGUUAAGUACAAUAACAUUUUAAGCAGAGCUGUGUUGCCUGCUUAAGAAAGAGUUUAUUUUACUUUUAAAAUCUGUUGUUCCUAAGCUCCCUAAGUCUCUGUGUCUAGUGUUAAUGUGUAUAGCCUGCUUCUUUAAAAAGUAGACUUUUUGGUAUUCCACCUUUUGUACACACCCUCCUCAAGAACUUCAUCUGUUGAUCAAUAAGAAACCAAAUUUUGCAGAAGUUAGGUACAGGACAAUAGCCACAGUUUUGGCCUCUGGAGAUUCUUAACCUGUCCCCAGUGGGGUCAGGAAGGUGGGCAAAGGAGAGGACCUGUCAAACUGCCAAGCCUAAGUGUAAUUUGUAACCAUUUUCUAUUUGUGCAAAGUCUGUAAAUAUAUAAAGAAAAAAAAUCACUGUAAUAUUUUGUACAAGAAACACUGGAGAAGAAAGGGAAUUCAGCUUUUUUUCCACCUCCCAAUAUCCUCGAUUAGGUAGACAGUUCACUGUGCAUAGUCCUUCCAGCUGUCAUUCCCAAAACGUCUUGGCGAGACACAUUUUCCGCCCUACUAUGCACAGGACAGCAUGAUCAGGAUUGCUAUAUGAAUUGAGGAAUUCUUUGCUAUUCUGCUGUACAGAUCUGUAAAAAGUAAUCAAAUGGAAUUAAUAUUGCAGUGGUGUGUCUUUUUGAUUAAUUCUUUGCUCUUUUUAGACUGGCAAAAGAAUUGUGCAAUUUAAAAUUGUUAAAGUAAUUUAAGCUAAUGUAAAACUUAUAUAAAAAAAAUGAAUUGUAUAAACUUGAGCCUGUUUUCUUGAGUAUAAUUGCUGUCUUAGGGGUUGGGGUGAAGGUGACAGGGGUUGGAUGGGAGGCUUAUAGGCAAAGUUUUUUGUCAUGUACCCCAUCAGCUCUUGAUUCUACGGUGAUUCUAACAGAUUAUCUGCUCAACUUUUCCCUUGGAAAGCGAGUAAGGUCUAAUAGACUAUAAAACUCUCCCAAUGGAGAAACGAUGGUGAAUAUGUCUGUUUUAUGUGGUAUACCUUCAAAUAACCACUUAUUCAAGUACUCCAUGGAGUAUCUGAAAUUUGGCAUAAUCAGAGAAAAUUAUGCCCUACGCUAAAGGUUAAAGUGCUUAAAAAAAAUGGUUGACAUAAAAUCCUUUCAUUACUCCUUACAGAAGACAAGGAACCUCCAUCUUCUCUAAUGAUCAACAGGAGAACUGUGAAAAAUUAGUGAUUUGUCUUUAGCCUAAGUGAAUAAAAGGAUACAAUAAUUUUGCUUAGACUAAAUAUCUAUUCCCUUUCUCGUAUGUCUUCCAUUAUCUUUUUGUCUCCUAUCUAAAGGUAACAAGUUCAGUUUCAAUUACAUUUCUCUUCCCUGAUGUUUAUGUCGAAAUAUUUGUAUUUAGGAUUUUAAAAAUUAAUUUUUAAAAACCACCUGUAAUAAGUAUGGUUUCCUACCUGUAGGCAACCCUGGUGAUAGGCUCUGUGCUCAGUCUGUCAAAACAGAAGAAAAAGUGUUGAAUGUUGUCUAAUCUGACAGGAAGGAACUUGGUGAAUGAGGACCCUAGCAAAGAACUAAAAUGUUAUGGUCCUUAAUUUUUUUUUUUUUUUUUUCAUUUUAAAGCAAGUCUUUUGCAAAAUGGAUUUUAGGAAUAACUUUUAAUCUAAGGAAUAUCUUAAUUGUCCACUGAGUCUUAGGGGAAUAAUUCUGGAAGGUUAUAAUCUGUAGUUCCUUUGUUUUAUUGGAGUCCUACUGGGUUCUUUUAAAUGAAUCCUUGGUGUGGGGAGCUCAGGUCAUUCUACCUUAAACUUUGGGCCUGGGCACAGGGUUUGUGUUGAAAGGACAGUGAAUGAUUGAUUACCCUUCAAGAAGCAUCUCUUAUUCUCAUAAUGAGAAGUCUAUAGCAUUAUUCAAGCUUCUGCCACCACAGGAAACUCCCUGAAUUGGAGACCUGGUCAUUCAUAGCCAAUCAUUCCUUUUUGUGAUUGUUCAAGUUCUUGUCCUCACAAUCAUUGUCCCAAUCUCCAGUAUCCCAGGGAGUAGGCAGACAAGGUCAGUCUUGACUGUCCUCCCAAAGCAAAAAGAUGUUGGACAAAGAGUCCCAAUCAAAAUGGAACUGGUCUCUCCUCUGUCUCCAAUGUGAGCUGUGCUGGCUCAGUACAGUGUGUCUCAAAAGUCUGAGUGAGUUUAAAGCUGGGCUUUAAACUGGUUUCUAUUUUUAAAGCUUUGGCUUCUGUUUUGAUAGGCUGAGUGAUGAGCUUUUAGUCAUGAGACUAUUAUGGAACUAUGUACAACAAAUUGAAUGAGAUUGUUGAUUUUUUAAAAAUUUUAUUGCACAUUUUAAUGUUUUUAUUAAACAUCAACAAAUAUGAGUAUUUCAACAUGCAAAGAACAGAGAAUGCAUGUUGCAGCUUCUAUUACAAUGUGUUAAAUGUAAUCCAGCAAUGACUAUAACCCUCAUCUGUGUCUUUUUAUGAACUUUACCUACUCUCCUGUGUAUUUUUUGAAAGUAAUUAAUUAAAUUUUCUCUUUUCCUUCUCCUUCCUUCUUCCCUCCUUGAAAGUUGUGAACUCUUAAUGAAACUACUUCCUGAAAUAAGAAGCUUAUUUUUAAGAUAAUA